CGUCCGGGACGCGGGAUGGAGCGCCCCGGAUUUCAGUUUUUCUGACUAUUAAAUGAGAGGAUGAUUGCUAACAAACAGAAAAAGACAAAGAAAAAACGUGUUGGGGCAUCAGACCAGCUCUCUACUGAUGUUACAACUUCUGAUGUUACAACUUCUCGAGUCUGUGAGUCCCAACUCCAUUUUUGACCCAGAUUACAUCACGGAAUUGGUGAAUGGUAUCAGGAGGUUCGCCCAAAUGUUAAUCUUUUUGAAAGAAGCUGUUCUUUCAGCUGUGGACUUUACAGAAAUUAAUGAAGAAAACAAAAACGAUCUAUUCCGAGAAGUGUCUUCUUCCACUGAAAAUUUGGCAUUUACCUUUGGAAAUAUCCUUACAAACCUUUUUAUGGGCGAUUUAAGCAAUGAUUCAUCAUUCCAACCACCUGUUUCUCAGGAUAAGUCUUUUGAAAACAUUUCUGUGGACUCAGUGGACUCAUCCAAUGAAAAAGGAAAAUUUUCUCCUAUCGAACUAGACAAUUUGUUGUUAAAGAACGCUGACUCUGUAAAACUGCCUUUGUCAUAUGCUAAAACAUGGUCAGAAUAUACCAAGAACACAGUGUCAUGGAUUGAAAAAAAGCUUAACUUGGAAUUGGAGUCCACUAGAAAUAAUGUGAAGUUGGCAGAGGCAAGUAGAGCUAACAUUGGACUACAAGAGUUUAUGCCACUGCAGUCUCUAUUUACCAGUGCUCUUCUUAAUGACAUAGAGAGCAGUCAAUUUAUACAACAAACAAUUGCAGCUCUGCAAGCCAACAAAUUUAUUCAGCCUCUACUUGGGAGAAAAAAUGAAAUGGAAAAACAAAGGAAAGAAAUCAAAGAACUUUGGAAACAAGAGCAAAGUAAAAUGCUUGAAACAGAAACUGCUCUUAAAAAGGCAAAAUUGUUAUGCAUGCAACAUCAAGAUGAAUAUGAAAAGGCAAAAUCUUCCAUGUUUCAUGCAGAAGAGGAGCAUAUGUGUUGCAGUAGUGGAUUAGUAAAAAAUCUCAACAAGCAACUAGAAAAAAAAUGAAGAUUAGAAGAGGAGGCUCUUCAAAAAGUGGAAGAAGCAAAUGAACUCUACAAAGUUUGUGUAACAAAUGUUGAAGAAAGGCGAAAUGAUCUAGAAAAUACCAAAAGAGAAAUUUGAACCCAACUUUGUACACUUGUUUUCCAGUGUGAUCUUACCCUUCAAGCUGUAACAGUUAACGUCUUCCAGAUGCAGCAUCAGCAGGUUGCCUCUCUUGCAGUUUACAGUCUCUAUGUGAUAAUGCCAAACUGUAUGAUCCAGGACAGGCAUACAGUGAAUUUGUCAAAGCUACAAAUUCAACUGAAGAAAAAGUUGAUGGGAAUGUAAAUAAACAAUUAACAUCUGCAUACAGACCUGACUCUUUGGAGGAUGUUGUAUGCCUUUCUGACAGUUGUAAUAAAAUUGAAGAGGACAGAUGCUCUAACAGUGCAGACACAUCAGGUCCUUCUUUCAUAAGAUCAUGGACAUUUGGGGUGGUCAGUGAUUCUGAGGGUACUGGAGGAAGCAGCGAAUCUAGAUCUCUGGAUUCAGAAUCUAUAAGUCCAGGAGCCUUUCAUCGAAAACUUCCACGAACUCCAUCCAGUGGAACUAUGUCUUCUGCAGAUGAUCUAGAUGAAAGAGAGCCACCUUCCCCUUCAGAAGCUGGACCCAGUUCUCUUGGAAUGUUUAAGAAAACAUUGAUGUCAAAGGCAGCUGUCACUCACAAGUUUUGCAAAUUAAGAUCACUCACAAAAUGCAGGGAUUGUGAAGGCAUUGUAGUAUUCCAAGGUGUUGAAUGUGAAGAGUGUUUCCUUGUUUGUCAUAAAAAGUGUUUGGAAAAUUUAAAAAUCAUUUGUGGUCAUCAGAAACUUCCAGGGAAAAUGCAUAUAUUUGGAGCAAAAUUCAUACAAGUUGCAAAAAAGGAAGCAGAUGGCAUUCCUUUUAUACUCAAAAUAUGUGCCUCAGAGAUUGAAAAUAGAGCGUUGUCUUUACAGGGAAUUUAUCGUGUUUGUGGAAGCAAGUUAAAAAUUGAAAAACUGUGUCAAGCUUUGGAAAAUGGAAUGCACUUGGUAGACAUGUGAGAAUUUAGUUCACAUGACAUCUGUGGCAUUUUAAAGUUAUACCUUCGACAACUCCCAGAACCAUUUAUUUUAUUCCAAUUGUGUAAGGAAUUUAUAGACCUGACAAAAGAGAUCCAACAUGUAAAUGAAGAACAAGAGAUAUAAAAAGAUAGUACUGAGGACAAAAAAUAUGCAAAUACCUGUAUAGAAAUAAACCGAAUUCUUCUAAAAAGCAAGGACCUCCUAAGACAAUUGCCAGCAUCAAAUUUUAACAGUCUUCACUACCUCAUACUACAUCUUAAGCGGGUAGUAGAUCAUGCAGAAGAAAA